GAUUCCCACUCCAUUAGCUAAACCAUAGAGAAAAGGCUCACUAUCUCAAACUCAAUCUCUCUCUUCCUCUUCCAUAUAUUAAAUCUUCCUAGUCUCUGCCUCUUCUUCUUCUCCUUUCUUUCUCUGUCUCUAUGAGAAUUGGGAUACUGAGAGAAAAAGAAGAAGUCAUGAGAAACAGCAUAAGGUGUUGCAUCUCUUGCAUUCUCCCAUGUGGGGCACUAGAUGUGAUCCGCAUAGUGCACUGCAAUGGAAAAGUAGAAGAAAUCAGCGGGAGCAUCAAGGCCAGUGAAAUCAUGAAGGCACACCCCAAGCACGUGCUCAAGAAGCCAUCCUCUCCUUCCACCCACGACGGUGUUGUCCCCAAGAUCGUGGUGGUCCCGCCCGACGCAGAGCUUCAGCGUGGUAAGAUUUACUUCCUCAUGCCGCUCCCUUCGCCGGCGCCGGAGAAGAACCACCAACACCGCCACAAGAAGAAAAAGAAGGAGCAUCAGAACGAGAGAAGAAGCAACAACAACAACAACAACAACAAGAGCAGCAGCAACAGCAACGUUUAUGCUGCAAACUUGAACUUGCUUGUGUCCAAUGAUCGUUACUUAACUGAGAUACUCUCAGAGAAGCUUUCUACUCAGAGAGAAAGGAGAAGAGGACGUGUUGCUGUGUGGAGGCCUCACUUGGAGAGCAUUUCAGAGUCACCAAGCAGUGAUUUGUAACGCUUGUUAUAUUACUUGUUCUUUGUUCAAUAUCUUUUGUUUUACUCUCAAGCCUCAAAGGGUCUUCUCUAAUCCUUAAAUGCAUAUACUUUCUAGUUCAUAA